GUUUUAUGUUCUGAUUGCAUUCAUACAAGUGAAAAUUGUCUGUUGUUGCUUUUUGUUCCUAAGAAUUGCUUUAUAUGUAGAAAAAUGUAUUUAAUCAUAAAAAAUGCUUGAAAAAUCUUUAAGUGUAAAUUUUAGCCUAUGUUUCUAGAAAAUAACCAGAAACGUCUUUCUUGCAAUCUUCAGACUUAGGAAACCUAUUUGUAACAUUUAAGCUAGAACGGAGUGACCAUGGGGACUAGGCUGGCAUGUGCCCACCCUUAAAGGAUAUUCAAAAAUUGCAGUGUUUUUAGACCUUAAUUUUUGCUGGCUAAAUCCCUUUCAGCCACCCCCGGCUCUCAAUUUUUGAAGCCCUUAAACUUCAAGAAUUACUUAAAGAAUUGCAUUAUCAUGAAAUUGAAAACAUAUUUCGCAUGUCAACUCCUUCGGCGAAAUUCCAAAGCAAUGGGGAAAAGAGAUAAAAAACUCAAAUAAAUAUAUACCAUGAAAGCUCUAUUAUGCCCUCCCUGUCUUUUUAGCAAAAAUUUAAAAAAACACUCGACUUUAUUGAGUAUCCCCUCUUAAGCCCAUGAUGUCAAACAAAGAAAACAUAUGCAUUGAGUUGGUCUCUUGAUGGGUGUGAUGACGAUGAGAUUGUGUGCAUGAAAUACGGUCCAUGUAGAUAUUUACUUGUGCUCCUUAAAAACUCUUUAAAAGGCAGUCGAAAUUUGUUUAGAAGGUGUCCAAUAGAAGAUGUUAUAGAUUUUAAGAAACUUUCGAAGCUGCUAACAAAGACUUUUAAAAAUAUUUGUAUGACAUUUUCAUAACAAAAACUGAAUGAGGGCAUUUUUAUAAUAUUUUUUACAUUGAAUUAUGAAUAGGCCCCAUCUUUAAUAAGCCCCCCUCUUUUAAGCCCCCUUCUAGGACGGACAAAAAUAAAUAAGCCCCCGGUCGAGUCAUAUGAUUGCCUUGUCCUCUCUAUCAAACCGAGGUUGCAGGCUAUGUCUACGAGAAGCUGGUAUUCCUUUCCUUAUUAGAAAAUGACAUUUAAUUUUCAUUUUAUGAUACUUUAACGAUAAACAUGGCCUGCGAUUGAAAUGUCAGCUGUUGAAGAUGCCUUUUUCGCAGGAGAAACUACAGAACUGCAUCAGGAAAGGCUGUUGCAGCUCGUGAGAAAUGCAGUUUCUGUUGGGGAGUGGGAACUGGCUAAGGCAUCUGCCAGGGUAUACCACGAGUCAAAAGUUGGAAAGGAUGAUGUUCUGCACAAGCUGCUUCUAGAUAUCGUGCACCAUCCAAGAAAAUACAGCCAUGGCUCAAAGUCUGUUCCAACCCCUUUUCAUUUAUCUUGGCUUGCCCUUCUUCUGUAUGUGGAGCUCUACAACAAUGAGAAGAAAGAGGCAUAUUUAUCAAAUGCUAACCGAAGGCUGUUAGAGUUCAAGAUAUUUCUCCUUACAUUAGGCCAAGAUAUUACCCCAGAGCAACAACAGGAUGUUUAUUGCUUUUUCAAGCUUGGUCAUGAUGAGCACAAGCAGCAUGAAGCUCUCAUAAGUUUAUCAAAAGAGUUCUGCCAAUUCUUAACUGAAUUUGCCAUUUCUAAUCCGGAAAAAUGUAGAACAUUAACUAACUUUCUUGUCAGCCCAGCAAGACCUGAAGCAAUGUUAGAAAGAAGGAAAGAUGUCAUUGCCGAAUGUUAUUUGCGAGUUAUCUUAUCUUAUAUUGGCCGAUUAAAGCUUUUUGAUGAGAGCAUUCAAACAAUGCUUAUUAGAGACUGUAUUCCUGUCAUUGUCUCUGCAAAGGAAUAUUUUACCCCAGAUAACAUGCUGUUUAUAAAUGCAGUGGUAUCCAUUGUAAAAAUCAUUAAUGAAUUUAGCCCAAAGGACAUGAAGUUGCUAUAUUUUUCAAUUGUUGAUUGUGAAUCAAAACCUUUCUUGGUGCUGGCAUUAGAAUCAUCUUGGAAAUAUAAAUUGAAUAGCCUAAAACUGCAAGAUAUUUUGGAAGACACAAGGUAUAAUGAGGAUGAACAGAGGAUAUGUAUAGCAAAUUUGCUCUCUGGCAGCUUUGGCAAAAAUCCUGCUAUUGAUUUCAUGACAGCCUACCAAAUUUGUGACUACUACAAAAUACAUUUUCUGGAUUAUAUUAUUCAUGCCAGUCUUGAGUUGAUCAACAGAGGGAAAUAUGAAUUUGCACUAGAGAUUUUGAAACCAGCAGCAUUGCAGCCUCUUACACCCUUAAUUAUUUUGUUGGCAUGGGAAAAUCAACCAUCUUACACUGAAAAGCAAAGACUCAUUAAACUUCUUACAUAUCAAAAGGGCUGUGAAAUGGAUCCAACAUUUAUUGGAGCAUGCAAACGCCUUGAAUACAAUCUGAAUGUCAGCAGAAAAUUUUUUACAAAGAGAAGCGGGGGAGAUAGUGUGGAUAUACUGACAAGAGGACUCUUGGAAGAAGAUGUAUUUCGCGAAAUGGAUUUCAGUCCUGUUCUUCCAUCAAUAAAUGAAUUGAAAAUCUUCCAGUGGUUCAGUACUGAAGAACUGGUCGACCUGUUAAAUUUUCAGCCUACGUAUCCAAAAUGUUUUGGUUCUAGCUCUAAUGAUGAAAGGACUAUUCCCUUGGCAGAGAUUCGCACGUAUUUAUGUUUCUGCAUUCUUCAAAAAACCCUUUCUCUUUUUAUUAAUGGUUGUGGUGACCAAUCAGGCUCGAAAGACGACAAAGAAAUCAACAAUCUGAAGACCCAAAUCCAAAAGAUAAGCCCAUUGUCAUUUCGGCUCGAAACCCUGGAAAACCUCUUUUCUUUGCUUUUUAUCCGUGAAGAGCAUUUAUCAUGUACAAAUUUGCAGAAUAGCUAUGACUUGACUAGAAGCAGUGGACCAUCGAAUAUGUCUGAACUGGAUCGCGUUUCGGAAGAUUCUGUAAAAAUUCAAAAAUAUCACAGAUUUUUGUUCAAAGAAGAAGCAAUAAAGGAAUAUUUGGAUCUUCUCAACGAGUGUACGAUGGAACUCAUCGCAGCAAAGUAUUCUGCGCUGGAAAAAUCUUCUCAAGAUUGCUAUAUGGGAACAGCAUUUGAUCAAAGAGUCUCCCAUUUGAGACAAAGCAUAAAUGAUGCAAGCUGGAGACUGCAACUUGUUUCGGAUCUAUGCAGUUUCCCACAAGAGGAAAAUGAUUCUGCAUUGCCUGCUGCUAAGGCAGACCAACCCAGUGUUGAUACGGAUUCUGAAGGGGAAUAUGACGAAGUUCCGUGCAUAGGAAAUUCUGGAGAGUCAGAGCAACUGGUAGCACGUAUGCUGUCAUCUUCAGAAUCAUUAGUGCAUUUGUGUUUGCAAAAAGAUAGCUUGCUUCGAGGAAAGCAAGUCAUAAAGAUGUUUCAGUUAGAAGGAGAUAGUUGUGGCCUCGAAGUCAGCUUUUCCGAAAGUUUUGAUAAUGUAAUCAAAGAUUUGCAGCUAUUGUCACCAGUUGAAUCAACGAAGCCCGGGAGUUCGUCACAGCUAACUCACAUCAGAUCUGCUGCAGCGGCCGGCUUGCUUUCAUCCAAUAUCAGAAGCAUAUUGAAAAAGCUAUUGGAACACGAUUUUAUCACAUCCAGUAAGACACCAUUUGGAUCAGUAGCCUUGUGUUUUGACCUCGUCGUGUCCGGAGAGUUACCAAGUGCUGUUUGCAAAACGAUUCUGGACGCGACAGAUGAGUUCAUUAAGCUUGAUCCUAGCCCAGAAUUAAGAUCAAGUCUACUGAGCUGCCUGGGCGUCUUAAAGACAUCUUUGUCGCUGUUCACUCAACUGGAAACAAGAACCAUGAAAAACGUUUUGAAUGACACUUCUUCGUCAUUCAGCCAGUUCCUCACACAGCCGUAUCACCAACAAUUCGAAGGGGAGACCGAAUCAAAUUUUAGCAAACUUGCUGAACAAAAGGGCUGUCUUGAAAGUAUCGUGCAAUUUCUAGAUGACGAAAUAAUAGCUACUGCAAUUUUAGCUGAAGAAAAAAACACAGAAGGAAAUUUAUGCAGACAAUCCAUGAAUGAAACUUUGAGUGCAUUUUCCUCUGAUAACCUUGUGCUUAUUCCAGAGGGAAUGCCGAGGCGUAAUUAUAUAAAAACACUGUUCAGGCAUGUUGAUACUCUAGCUAGGCUUCAGCUUUACUUCAAAACAAGACAUACUGGUAAACAACGCUUUGUCAAAUUCGAGCAACAGUCUUCUCUUGGUGGCAUAAAAGCAGCCAACCCAUUUGUCGUACUGAAGGAUGAUAUCUGUGAUAUUUUUGGUCGUUUGCUUUUUGAAUGGAGCAUGCCUCCAAAAAGGCUAGAGUCUAUAGCAAGACAGGUGAACAUUAGCCUUGUCAAAGUUGUUGCCAAAAGUUUUGGUUUAGCGAUACCAGUCAAAAGUGCUCAGAAUUGUCCAGAUCUAACAACAUUUUUGCUAAGGCAACCAAUUAACGUGCUGAACAAGAGCAAUGAAGAAAUGGAAGCAAAAAACCCAACUGAAGUCAUGGAAAAUCUGUUGGAACAGCUGGUGAAAAUUCUAUCAGGCCUGCCUUCCACCUAUGAGACUCAUGUUGGCUCAAAACAGAUAAAGAAAGUUGUUGAGUCAGAGAAUUUUAAAAGAUUUGUGCAUACUUCCUCCUUGCUAAAGUUCGUGGAUCUGAACAACUUGGAUACAGACAACGAGAAAAUAUGCUUUAUCAUAAAUCUUCACAACGUUAUGUUUUUUCAUGGAAUUCUUAUGAUCUUAAGUGGGAGCAUAGAAGGACUUCCAGAUAUUUCUUCAUCAGAGGUUGAAAAAUGGUCGUUUGAAUCAGUCAUGAGCAAUCCUGUUGGCAGAUUGGCAAUUGAUCAGUUUAUGGCGUACGAGGUUGGGCAAGUGGGAAUCAUGAGUGCCUUCAACAUAUUCCGCCAUAUUCUUGGUAUAACGACAGCUGGUUAUUACGGAGGUGCAAUAAAGACCAGGCACGAAUUGUUUGAAUGGACAGAGUCCCGACUUGCUUUUACACCAACCAAUCACGAUAAGAGAUGCAUUUUCCUUUUGACUCAUGGAAGCUCAAGUUGCCCACCUUUAAAAGUACUCAAACCUAGAACAAUUGCAGGCCAAAUAGAAUCUGCUGCAAAAAAUUAUUUGGAGAAGAACGUCAAAGUCGUGCAGAAAAACAACAGGGUAAUAGUUCCAAAAUUAUUACAUUGGCACAGAGACCUAUUUCUGCAAAGACUACCUUUAAACCCUGGACUGCAAACAGCCUCAUCGUUGGACUGUAAGAGUCGCAAUAUUUUGCUAUUGAAGUUCAUUAUGCAAAACUCGAGCAAGCUGAAUGAAAAGCUCGGGUAUAUAAGCAAAGCUGAUUUUUUGUUUGAUGUUGAUUCCUCCAAUUGGAAUCUAAACUUUAAUCUUGACACUGAGCCAGCGAAUGCCUGCAAUAAAGACUCUACAAGAAAUUCAAUGAAGGAAGUGACUGGGCAGAUUAAAAAAAGCGUUGUCCUUAAUGAACCGAUGAAAAAGUACCUUUAUGAAGCAUCCCCCGUGUCAGCUUCAGUUAUUUGUAUGGCUCUUGAAAAGAAGCGACUGCUCGAUCAGAUCGGAGAAGUGAUCAUCGAAUCAAAGUAUGGAGGAAUCAGAAUGGGUACUCAGAAAAUAUUUUCUCUCCCAAGCUUUAUCCAAAGGGAAAUACAGAAUAUCCAGCAAACAGUUGAUGCCAGUUUGCCAUUUCAAGCAUUCGUACAAAUUCGUUCUGAGCUUGUUUUGAAAAUUCUGAAAUGCCUUCAAGUAGACCAUCCGAAUGUUUCAGCGAAGUAUGUUAAGCAUGUCCAAUCUUUGAUUAAAGUCACUGUCUCCCUGCUUGAUGUUUGCGGCUCCGUCAACAUGGAAUCGACAGAAUUUCUCGUCGAGCUCGUGCACGUAUUUCUCUCAUUUGGUGGCAUGUUUUUUGCAGCACUGAUGGAAACCUUCCCCAGAAUGUUUCCUGUUGUGACGAAGGACAGAUUGUUAUGUGAAAGCAUUUAUGAAACUCGUAAUAGACUGGACGAUUUAACUGAGACCUGUAUGGCCUCAGGUGACAAUGCUUUGGAAAUCGACUUGGAUCACAUCGUUGAGCUUAAACUUGAACACAAACGCUGUUUGAUGCUCCUUAAUGACCCAUUUCUACGUUAUAAGAUGACAAUGGAUAGUAUUUUGUAUUACGAUGUUGUUGAAGCAUUAGAAAUUCUCGAAGUUUGCUCCGAAGGUUGCAGCUCUUCUCAGACGUUAGCUGAUCAAUUAACUUUUGAGGCAGAGAAAAUUCGAUGGUAUGACAGAGUUCAGAAGCUCUCUAUGUCACAUUAUGAAAACGUCCAAUCUGCAGCUCCAGAAGACUUCAAACUCACACGGUGGCAAGACGUCAUCGACUUUGUCCUGUAUCACCCUGAAUACGUCUCAAUUUUGCUCGUUGCGGCAGGAGCCUUCGAUCUCAUUGAUUUUUGGAUCAACAAUUUUUGUGUUUCACGUGACCUGAGCAAGAUGUGCUUGCGUGGAAAGCUAUAUGACUUAUUGAAAGACUCCAAAACAGAUUACACACGACUUCAUCAACAUCUGGAAGGCCUGCAUAAUAAGCACAUGACAUUGGAACUGUGCCAAGAUUUACUACAAAGCAGUGAAAUAUCUACCCACAAUUCUCUGGCAUUGCUGCGUUAUAUGAUAGAAUACCUUACAGACAUGUUUUCUAAAGAAAAACUCACUGAACUUUUGUACACAGAACUGGGGUUCAAAGCUCUGGAUAGGCUCCCUGAGUCACUGAAAUUCUCAUAUUGGCAUUUAAGUUCGAAGCCAACUCUUAUUCUAGAGCAGUUGCUGAUGAACAUGAAGGUCGAGCUUGCAAAAACUGUAAUAGAUGUUUUCAGAUCCAAUAUAUCUGAAAGUGGUACUUUUACAUCUUUAAACAGCAAAAUCGACGACAUUGUUGCUACCUAUGCGGAAAAGUCGUUGGCUGUUCCAGUUUUGGAAAUGAGUGUGCAACAUAGUUUAAAGGACAUCGAAAGAGGCCAGUUGUCAAGGAAGAAGCGCCCAAGAGCAAACAGUGGUCAGAAAAACGAGGCUAAUCUCGAAGCCGGACAUGAUAAACAAGAGGAAGAGCGAAACAAACAGAAGUUGUCGACUGACAUUAAAGAUAAGGAAGAUUUGUCUGGGAUCGAAGAGCCGCCCGUUGAUCGAAACCAUUGGAUAUCGGAUCGUAUGGUUAGAAUAUGUAUGAUUUGCAACCUGACAAUUUUCACUACUUUCAAUCGACGUCAUCAUUGUCGACAUUGCGGCAAGGUUUCAUGUGCAUAUUGCUCUAGCCACCGCUGCGCAGUACCUGGUUAUCCAACCAAGGUGCGCGUGUGCAAGCAGUGUUAUCAACAAUUUUACUCUACAGAGCAAAGAGGUACAAUAAAAAGAGAACGGCAGGAUCGUGAGUCAUCAUCGCUUCCAGAAUCUGCCUCAAGCCUGCCUCGAUACAGUUCCCCUAUUAACAGUGAUUCGGAAAAAGACGUGGGUAACAAAAUUGAGUCUGGAGAUCCGGGCGAGUGGCAAUUGACUGUCGAUGACAAAAAGAAUGAGGAUAUUAAGAAAAGUUUCUUUUUUGAGCAGGCUCCUAGUGCUUCUCUUUGUGUGGCAAUAGUUGGGCAGUACAGCGAUGAGCAAGUAGUUGGUGGCAUGCUACUAAAGUUUUGCAAUGAUCUCUCAAAGCACAUGACUAUCAAAGAUCUUGAUAUGGACAAACCGAUGUUGGUGGGAAUGAUUGAAUUCUUGCUUUUUAACGCAAAGGUGAAGUUCAUGAAGGCUGGUGCUAUCAAUGGUGUAGAGCUUUGUGAUUCAUACAUGGCCCACGUUGAGGUCCUUAAACUCCUAUUGAAUUCUGAUUGGACAGAGAUACCAACAAUGCAAGAGCUUUCACAUCCGGAGGGAAUUCGGCGUUUGAGAGAUCGAUUAGUUGAUUCCGAGCGGUUCUCGUUAGCGAUUGAUGUAACAGGAAAGUGUGGUCUGGACCCUGGGACUGUUUGGUUUGCCUGGGGCCUAUCCCAGCUGAAAAGUGGAGAACUAGGUGAUGCAAGAGAAAACUUUUCUAAGUGUCUCACGCCCUUGAAAAGUGUCGAAGAAAGAUCUUUGCAGCCAAAUGUUUUGUAUCUUAAGCAAAUCCUGGAGAUCAUUGAGACAUCUCCGCUGCUUGCCUAUGCCAAGGAUGACGAUCUUCUUACUCCACUUCAUGCCUUUAUAGAGCAGGAACGGAGGUCGCAGACUGGCUGUGUAUUGGAUAAAAGGAGAUACGAUGAAAUCAUUUAUUAUCUUACCAAGUACGGAUCUCAUAAGCAAUUUGUCAGAUUUUAUGUCCGGCAUGGUCUUAUGAGGAAGGCAGCAGCCUAUAUCAGAGAUAGGAAAUGUUCAGAUGAUAUCUUUGUUGAAGAGCUCCUUAUGAGAAAUUUUCAAGAUGGGUCGUUUGAGCUGUUAACCAGGGAGCUAGAAGAAAUGGACCCGACACUUAAUAGUUGGAAAGAUUAUCUGGUUAAGUCUUGCCGCUACCUUAGUCGGAAACGUCUGUUCAAUUGUCUCUAUCAAAUGCAAAUAUUUUUAAAGGAUUUCUUCAGAGCAGCAACUACCUGUGUUCGGUUCUUUUUGGGAGAUGCUGGAAAUCCUGCCCGGUCUUUUAAGGAAUUAUACAACCGGCUUGAUUACCUUGAUCGGGCAAAGAGACACCUUGAGACUGCUUUGAAGGAAAAGGCUAUCGUCAAGUCAACAUUUGUCAGCCAUAUUGGAUCUCUUCGUACGGAUGAUCCAGAAAGCUCUUCUCUAAUCCAAGAAGUUCCAGUGUCUGAGCUUAAAAGCCACCUAAACACGAUUGACUUGCAAAUAAAAGUUUUAAAUUUCUUCAAAGAAAGGGAAAGAGUUUUUAAUGAAAAUAUCCCUGGGACCGUUCCAACCUUGUUUGGAAGGGGACAAGAACGGGCAGAAGUAGUUUCAAAGCUGUUGGUUGAGUCCAUAAACAACGCGUUUCCAUUGGCUUCAAGAAUCAUGCAGGAUUAUCGUCUGCCUGCAAAAGUGGUUAUAGGUGACUGUAUUAAAAAACUUGCACUGGAAAAAGAGUAUGAUGCAAUAUUCAACUUGAUUAAGAUGACCGAAUCAACAGGGACAAUUUCUUAUAAAGGAAAGGAUCAGCUACUUGUUCAAGUUGUGGAGCAAAUUUCGUCUAGCGGAGAGAAUGCAAGACAGGCAAACCAGUUUAUCAAGAUGAUUAAAAGCCAGUCUAAAAAGGUUGACGCACUUAUUCUUUGUGAAAGGCUCAGAGAUGCUUACGUAGAGGCAUUAAAAGAAGACAGUAUGCAGGACAUAGAGCGAAUAAGAAUCCAGGCUGUGAAACUGAGACAAAACCACGUAAUUGACAUCUGCCAAAGAUUUCUAAAGAACUACGAGGAGAAAAUGAAAUCAAAGACAAAAUGAAAUCGUUAAUGCUAGGUUCGGGACUAGCUUUAUACGCUCGGUUCAUAGCAAUUGCGGCAAUGUAAUGAAAGCCUGAUCUAAAAAGUGAAAGGUUUUUGAACUACAAUCCCGGACAAAAAUGUUGAGACAAAUGGAAUUUUUGUAGUUUUCUAAUUUACCUUACCCCUGUAAAUUCAAAUUCCCCCCUUUCCCCCUGAAGCAACGUUGGAUUUCUAGUUCUAUCAUUUUUGCUUCAAAAUCAUGCAUUCAACAUUGAAUCGGGGAAGGGGGAAGCUAUUUUUUAAAGGAAAGAGAAAGCAUAACGUUUUCUUGAAAAGUCUUAACUAUUUUUUUCCGGGAUUGUAGUUUGACGUGCGAAGGCUGUCUAUGUGUAUAAUCGCUUUUUAAUGAAGAGUUAGGUUUUUCAAUUGAAGAUCAAUUUAGUUGACAAAAGGGGUUAUCUAGACUUAAAAGUUCGUUAGUUGAUCUUCAGUGUAUAAUUUGCAAAUAGAACCAAUGACAAUUAUUUAUAAUUCGUUAAUUGAAAUUUGAAUUACCCCUUUUUAUGGAGGUGAUUUGUAUAUUUGGAAUGUCUAUAUUGAUUAACUAUAAAUAGCCUCGUUGCUUUCAAUUUUUUGUUCCUGUACUUGGGAGACGAUGAAAUUUUUAGGGAAAAGAAGGAACUGGCCAUUUUGUCUUAAAAAUUUUCCUCUACUCCCAUUUUCUAAGGCUCUGGUUUCCAUACUACAGCCCCUACUUCUUGCUUCAAAACCAGUUUGCUUCUUCACACAGCGUUGCAGCAAUGUUUCAGGGAUUCUUUACAAAUGUAACACGAAAAGUCAGUAGUCGCUAGAUACUAUUUCUUACUUAACGUAUGUUUUUAGGAAGGGCUAUCUGUCGGUGGAAAACUUGCACUCAUCAAAGUUACUCUUGUUCCUCAAGAAUUUCGCUAAAUCUGGGCAAUGCCAAGUUAAUCGUCCUAUCUUAUUUAUUGGCCCCACUCGCAGCCCGCAAUUCAAAAGGUCGAAGGCUCACAGUUACAGUUAGUUAAAUUUGCACAUUCGCCCUGGGGAACCUUUCUCUCCUUUUUUGGUACCACUAUGUUCGACUCGAUUCCUUUUCGAGGAACUUGUACUCAGUGUAGAGGAAACGCUUAAUGAACGAAGUUUUUAACUAGAGGGCGUGCUUCCGAGACACGAAUGGAAGUAAUGGUCAAUAAAAGUCGAUACAAGCCAAUCUAAGUCAUAAUUCUUAGCAACUUUCCUAAAUAUUUUGCUAAAUUUUCAACUGUAGCGUUACUGAAGCUCUACAGUUUUCAUGUGAACAAAUGAUUGAGUAUUUGUAGAUGCCUUUUUCCCCUUAAAUUUUUAUAGUUAAAACUAGUCAGUAUAUUAAAGCAGAUUUACUUGUUCA